AUGGAUGGUCAUUCCCCUCCACCGGAGUCGAAUGCUCCUCCGGACCAAUCAGUCAGGUAUACUCCGCCUAGAGCGGUUGAUGUUUCUGAUGUUAACCCGAGUCGCGUUGCGGCUGAAUCCUCACAGGUAGUUCUUUCAGUUCCAGAAGAUGAAGUGUCCCCUAUGGACACCUCAGAAGACGUCCCUACCGAUCCGUCGGUAGGCCUCACCGAACCCAGUGCGCCGGUUCUCCUUAUUUCAGGUGCUACGGACGGUGACCAGUGCAGACCGAGCACUCCUGCACCUAGUACAUCUGCUGCCUCUGCGGCAGCCGACGCUGCUUCCCCAACGACCCCGCUGUCAGCCGCAGUAACACCUCCGUCCCCACCAGUGGAAUUGGCGGGUGGCGACGUCACCGAGCAGGGCAUGGCCCAUAUGACCCUGUCCAUGGAAAACCUAGCGGUGGAGGACCUUGCUCCCAGGGAAGCGCAGCCCUCGGCUGCUCCUUUGCCCUCGGCCCCACCGGCGAAGGCUCGACGUUCUGCGUCUGGUCGGCGCCAGGCCCCUGUUGCCAGCCGGGCACCAGCUCCAGCCCCAGCUCCAGCGAGAGCGAACGUCGUCCGUCAGUUUCUGCCGAUGCAUCCGGAAGAAGGUAUGCUACCCCUUGCGGUUUUCAAGAUCACCGCACCAGAAGUGGCGUGGUUCGCGGAUCGUCUAGGACGCUUCGAUAACUAUCAUGCCGAUCCCGAUGCUUCCAAAAUCAAGCUGGCGAAGAUCUGCAACGCAGCGUGUUCAGCCCUGGCUGCCGUCAACUCAGCCGAGGAUGACCGACGUUCUCACUGGGUCGUGGCCAGGGAGACAACCCCAACAUGGUUCCCUAUGCGGCUUCAGUUCACCCUCACGGACAUGUCUUCUGAGGCAGGAUGGACUUCAGGUCGUCACGUCGUUUUAUGGGUUGCAGGUUCGGACAGCCUCAUCCGCGUUAAGGUCGCUCGCGUGGACACCCAUCCCACCCAACACACGCUGCACGUCGUAGUCCAAGCCUUCCCCUGGUCACAGCAGCCUCUCACUAGGGCUAUGCAUGACCUCGGUCGCAACGUAGGCGAAAUUAGAGUGGUCGACAUUUGCGUGAGGCUAAGCAAGAGCACUGCUGCCGCCAACCCGGUUUACGAGAUCGUCUCCCGGGAACUCAUGCUCUCAGACCUUUCUCCAGACACCGUCGGCAGCCGAAUAAUAGAUAUCGUCUUCGCGAAUAUGCAGUUCGGCACAAGUGAUGAACGGUACCUAAGAGAUCUCCCUCCCCCGUCUGACACGGACAGAUCCUUCCGAGUCAGUGGCCGUAGAAUUACCCUGACCCGGGACCAAAAAGACGCCGUCCGCGUCGGUACGGGUAACCUUCCCAUAGUCGCCCUCCAGGCUGCUUUCGGCACGGGUAAGACGCUGGUCGGCAAAGCAAUCGACCACUGUCUGGUAGAAGAUAUUGUGAAAGUCACCUCUAAGAUCUCGAUUGAGAAACGACGUAUGUUUCUAGAAGUGGUGUAUGUGGACCUAUGA